AUUUUACAAAUCUUCAUAUUUUUUUGUUUGCCACAAAUCUCCGUUUCCGCCGAUCUUUUCAAAGCUCAAUCCCCAAAAAGCGUCACCAUUUACCAGCCUUCCAUCCUUCAAAGAUCCGAUCAGAUCUCUUCUCUCUCUCUACACUUCUCGCACUGCUGUUUUCUUUCUCUCUCUCCCCACCUGUACCUACAUAUUGUGUAUCUUUUGUAUUAUGCUACUUCAUUCUUGAAUAAAAAUCCAUUGGAUUUUCUCAACUGUGUAAUCUGUGUAAUUUCUUGUGUAAAAGGAGUGGUCUUGGUGUAAUUUAUUGUAAAGUUGGGGUUUUUUUGGGGGUAAAUUGUUAGAUCGUGAGCUAGGGUUUGUGAAAUUCACAAAUUGAUAAAAUUUGGAGUUCUAUUUGUUUUUUUCCCGCUUUUUUGGGUGUGUUGUGAGUGUGUGUAUGAGGAUUUGGUGUUGUUUUUGCUUCGGUGAAGAAGAAGAAGAUAAUAGCAAGGGUUACAAGAAGAGUAUGAGGGACCCGAUUUUGGGAAAUAACGGCGAUGAAUCGCCGGAUGAAAACCCGGCAUUUGACUGGAGGGCGGUUUUUGACGGCGUUGAUGUUGGCGGCGCUGGCGCGUCGAGGCCACGCGCGGAUAAUGUUGGUGUCCGGAGGAAUGAGGAGAUUGAUUUUGAUAUCAACUGGUUACUCAGUGACGUGGAGGUGAGGAAUGGGAAUUACAGUGGUGAGAGAAUGUUGAAUGUUAAUUUAAAUUUAGGGUUGAGUGAAGAGGCUUCUUCGUCUUCAACAGUGCAGAGAGAGGAUCCUGAUCGUGAUUCCUGUAGCAAAAGGCCCAAAGUUAACUCCUUUUCGCUGGAUUGGGACAACCACUUGUUGCAGGAGACCAAUUACCUUUGUCCUAUGAACGAGGGUGGUGGAGAUGUGAGUUUAUCCAACUUUCUUGAUGCAACAAAUGAUGAGGGGAAAGAUAUUGGCAUCUCAAAAAUGGAGGAUUUAGAUGUGCGGAUGGAUCUUACUGAUGACUUGUUGCAUAUGGUAUUCUCUUUCUUGGACCAUAUUGAUCUCUGUCGAGCUGCAAGUGUUUGUAGGCAGUGGAGAGCAGCUAGCUCUCAUGAAGAUUUUUGGCGGUAUCUCAAUUUUAAGAACAAGCAGAUUUCCUCAGAUCAAUUUGAGGACAUGUGUCGACGAUACCCAAAUGCAACAGCUGUUAAUUUAUAUGGAACUCUUAAUAUUCACACACUAGCAAUGAAAGCGGUUUCCUCAUUAAGAAAUCUUGAAGCUCUGACUUUGGGCAGAGGUCAGCUGGGGGAAACAUUUUUCCAGGCCUUAACAGAUUGCCAUAUGUUGAAGAGCUUGACUGUUAAUGAUGCUACUCUUGGAAAUGGCAUUCAGGAGAUACCUAUUUAUCAUGACAGAUUGCGUCUUCUGCAGCUCGUGAAGUGUCGUGUGCUUCGAGUUUCUGUCAGGUGUCCGCAGCUUGAAACGUUGUCACUUAAGCGCAGUAGCAUGCCACAUGCCGUGCUUAAUUGCCCACUUUUACACGACCUUGAUAUAGCUUCAUGUCACAAGCUUUCAGACGCCGCUAUUCGUUCGGCAGCAACAGCAUGCCCUCUUUUAGAGUCUUUGGAUAUGUCAAAUUGUUCAUGUGUUAGUGAUGAAACACUGCGAGAAAUAGCUCAAACUUGUGCAAAUCUUCGAGUUCUGGAUGCUUCAUACUGCCCUAACAUUUCUCUUGAGUCUGUGAGGCUGGUUAUGUUGACCGUUCUCAAGCUUCACAGUUGUGAGGGCAUAACAUCAGCUUCCAUGGCUGCCAUAGCCCAUAGCUAUAUGUUAGAGGUUCUAGAGCUUGAUAAUUGUAGUUUAUUAACAUCAGUGUCCUUGGAUCUUCCUCGCCUUCAGAACAUUAGACUCGUACAUUGUCGCAAGUUUAUUGACCUCAACUUGCAUAGUGGCAUGUUAUCAUCAAUUACUGUUUCUAAUUGCCCACUGCUCCAACGAAUCAAUAUAACUUCAAGUGCACUCAAAAAAUUAGUUUUGCAGAAGCAAGAAAGCUUGUCAAUAAUUACAUUGCAGUGCCCGAAUUUGCUAGAAGUAGACCUUACUGAGUGCGAAUCGCUCACCAAUUCUAUCUGUGAAGUUUUCAGCGAUGGUGGUGGCUGUCCUGUGCUUAAAUCCUUAAUUCUAGAUAAUUGCGAGAGCUUGACAGCUGUGGCUUUCUGCAGCACUUCUUUGGUUUCUCUUUCACUUGCUGGUUGCCGUGCUUUAAUGUCUCUUCAACUCAGGUGCCCUUAUCUUGAGCAAGUUUCUUUAGAUGGUUGUGAUCAUCUUGAAAUAGCAUCAUUUUGCCCAGUUGGUCUUCGGUCACUUAAUCUCGGUAUAUGCCCCAAAAUGAGUGUGCUCAAUAUUGAAGCUCCACAAAUGGCUUCACUUGAGCUGAAGGGCUGUGGUGUGCUAUCUGAAGCAUCCAUUAAUUGCCCUCUCUUAACCUCUUUUGAUGCUUCAUUCUGCAGCCAACUCAAGGAUGACUGUUUAUCUGCCACGACCUCAUCAUGCCCCCUUAUCGAGUCAUUAGUACUAAUGUCGUGUCCAUCUGUUGGCUGUGAUGGACUGCUCUCUUUGCAUUCCCUCCCAAACUUGACCUACCUUGAUCUAUCCUACACAUUUUUGGUUAACUUGCAGCCUGUUUAUGAAUCAUGCUUGCGAUUAAAGGUCCUAAAAUUGCAAGCAUGCAAGUAUCUCACUGAUACAUCUUUGGAACCUCUGUACAAAGAAAAUGCUCUCCCAGCCCUUUGUGAGUUGGAUUUGUCAUACGGGACGCUGUGCCAAUCAGCCAUUGAGGAAUUGCUUGCUUGCUGCACGCAUUUGACUCAUGUCAGCUUGAAUGGAUGUGUUAAUAUGCAUGAUUUGAACUGGGGAUUUACUGGUGACCAACUGUCGCGUAUACCUGGUGUUGGUAUAGCACCUCAUGGAUCUUCCUUGGUAGAACAACAUUUGCCAAAUGAACAUCCAAAGCGUUUGCUAGAGAACCUAAAUUGUGUAGGUUGCCCAAAUAUAAAAAAGGUGGUUAUUCCGAUGGCACAAGGUUUCCUUUUGUCAUCAUUAAACCUUUCCCUGUCUGCGAAUUUGAAGGAGGUUGAUAUAGCUUGUUACAACCUGUGCUUUCUCAAUUUGAGCAACUGUUGUUCACUGGAAUCGUUGCAACUGGAAUGUCCAAGAUUGAGUAGCCUCUUUCUUCAG